UGCGGCUGUUACCUGCGUAGUUUUGAAAGAUGGCUGCUACUUCAAGUUCAGUGAAAGAGGAUUCUUUCUCUAACGGUGCAGCCUCUGUGCCGUUUGACUUAUCUAAGACGCCCAAUAUUGAAGGCUUUACUCCUCAUAGUCGGACUUUAGAUGAAGGCUUCAAGGAAAAAUUUUUAAGAAAGACAAAAGAAAAUCCGUUUGUUCCAGUAGGUUGUUUGGCGACAGCAGCUGCACUCUCUUAUGGACUCAUUGCCUUCAAGAGGGGUAAAACCCGUCAGUCUCAAUUAUUGAUGAGAACUCGAAUUGCUGCACAAGGGUUCACAGUCGUUGCUAUCUUGGUUGGUGUUGCAACUGCCGCCUUCAAGUCAAGGCAGUGAAGAGCAGCACCUGUGGUGGAGUGCUAUUUUGAGUAACAGAGAUAGGCUUUGAAAUUGUUACCUCCACAAAUAUAUUAUCUGCAUUACUAUUUUACAGUUCAAGAAUACCAAUGAUAAAACUGCACUUUUAAAGGUGUUGCUUGGAUGAAGCACUUUGUGACUUAUUAAAAAUUGUUAAUGCCAAA